AUGGAUACGAGUCUAUCUAAUGUAAAGACAACUAAAGAGGCUUGGACCAAAAAGAACACUAAUAGUACUCGUAGAGCAAGCCUAAUUGAUGCAAAAAGUCUACUAAAAGAAGAAGCAAAUAUUAACAAAAUUAGGUCAAAGUACAUAACGGAUCAUAAGAGCAAUUCGACGCAACUAAAUUCUCUGAGGAAUGAAGCUAACUUCUUAACACUUAGAAGUGUUUCCAUCACCAACAAAGUUAAGAGAGCAGCCAGAAAUACUUUGGCACUACAAGCUGCUGGAAUUUAUCCUGUCUCUUCAAAUGCCUCUUAUUUCACCUCCAACUUGAAUUUUCCCACCAAAAUUCUAUUGCCUCCGUCGUCUUCCAAUGCCUCAACAGUCAGAGGGGAUUUAGCUCUUUUGUCUGUUGGAGAAAUUGAUGCAUCGUCUUCAGGAGUCGUUGCAGCCGCCGCAGCUGCUACUGCUGCUGCUACUGCGGCUGCUGCUUCAGCAACCUCUUCAUCUGGACCGACCAUUACAAGAGCCCAUUCAACUAGUCAUAGCAACUCUGGAGGCGGUAGUGACGACGCAGUUACAAGCAGCAGCAGUAGUAACAACACAGCAAACACGACGGAUGUGACAAAGUAUAUUUUGCCAUUAGAUGACACAGUGCAACAACAAGGAGGAGGAACGUUGCACAAGGCCUCCGAGAUUCUACAUUUGAUGAGCAUCGCGAUAACAUGUCUUUUCGUAGUUUUGGUUGCCAUAAAAAUUGCUUGCAUGGGCAGAAAAUUCUUUAAAAAUAGAAAUGAGGUGAGUGCACUUUACACCUUUUUCAGAUAA